AUGCCAGGAAGAAAAGUUUACGUUGUUGGAGUCGGCAUGACAAAGGUGAGUGAUGAGAUAAGUUUUGUCUGUAAAUCAGGACCAAUUUGAAGUUACGUAAACUGUCAUGAUCCAGCGGCCAUGAUGAGUCAGCUGGCGAUCAAGUGAACCAGAUUGAACCCUAUAGUACUUUACAGUGAAACUAUGUUUUCUAGUUUGAAAAGCCUGGCCGACGAGAAGAUUUUGAUUAUCCUGAUAUGGCUAAAGAAGCAGGUUUGUUAAUUUGUUCCUUUUUUUGUUAUUUUAUACACUAACUAAUUUAGCAUUGAAUUUGACGACCUUUAACAGCUUAUUUGUACUUCAGGGCGUAACACAUCGAUAAUUCCGAUACUCGAUCAAAAUCGAUAAACAUCGAUAAACAUCGAUACUAAUCAAUUGAUUAAUAUCGGAAAUCGAUAAAAAUCGAUUGCCAGAUUCUUUGUGAUUAUCGAUUUGAUCGAUUUCGUUCGAUUAGUAUCGAUUUCGUUCGAUUAGUAUCGAUUUCGAUCGAUAAUAUUGGGCAAGAAAAGGUACUGUUCACGCUUAUAGAACGAAGAAUAUACGUUAGCGAACUAACCUAAGACGUUCGUUAGCGAAACAACUACUAAGCAAAACAACCGGUUUCCCGCUAAAAGAUUCCAUUUUAAUGAAGUUUGUUUGAAAAAAUCUUUUAUUUGUCUCUCCUAACCUUUUUGACGCUGUGAAACACUGUAAGACAUGAACAUAUAUAUUCUUCUCGCGGGUAUCGAAACGAAGAAAUGAUUCACCUUAAAAAUUGACGUUAAUUACUAUCUACAUUGUAAUUCAUAUCUUUUAAAACAACAGUAAAACAACAACAGUAACAAAACAACAGUAACAGUAACAGUAACAGUAACUUCAUAUCAAACUGAUAAAAAUGCUGAGAAUGGCACAAACGCUGUUCAAAACAGGAUCUGAUAAAAUGCCGCGGGCACCCCACCCCCUCGCCCCAGUCUCCCCUAAUUUCUUAGCUAUCGCGCCUUGCUCUCACCGAUGCGUUUGACAAACACGCUGAAGCCGGCUAAAGGUGUUCUGUCGACUAUCCGUGACUGACUAUAUUUGCACAUUUUUCUAAUAUACUCAGCAGCAUACUGAAUGCAGAAUGAAUGGGCCGGUGAAUGCUGAAUGGGUCGGUGGGUCAAAGAAUUUAAUCUCAAACCGAAAAUGAUGGCUGCUGACAAAAUGCGUUUGCUGAGGUUUGCUAGUUUGACGCCUGAGAGUUGCCGUUGUUCGGCGUUGUUUAAUAGCCGGUGUUAAGGUAUGAAAGCGGAUGAAAGCGAUGGUUAAUCAGAGUUAAUACAGGGUGCACUAAGCCAGUCUUGCUUUGUAGUAAAUAUAUUCAACACUAUUGUUUUGAUCAAAUUGGCUUACUCGGGGCAGAUUAUAAGCGGUUGUUUUCUCGUGGAAUCUUCGAAAAUUUCACGAAAUCGAUAGAAAUCGAUACCCAAUGCUCAAACUUGUGUGAUUAUCGAUUUUGAUCGAUUAAUUUGCUUAAUCGAUUGAUUAUUAUCGAGUAAUAUCGAGUAGUAUCGAUUUAUCGAUUAGCUUUCCGAUGGUCGAUUUCGAUCGAUGUGUUACGCCCUGGUACUUUCAAUGAUACUUCAAUUUUUCUCCACUAGUCAUUAUUGUCAUUAUUGAUAAUAAUCGUAGCAAUAGAAUUCACACGUUUUCCUUGUUUAGGAAGUCAAGCCCUUAAAGAUGCAGGUUUGGACUACAGCAACAUAGAACAAGCUGUUGUUGGUUACUGUUAUGGUAAGAAUGUAUUAUAGGCUACCGUAUUCCAUUUAACAGCCACACCCCAUCCCCCUCCCAUAUGGAUGAAGUUAGUUGACUUUUUGCCUCCUAAGAAAAAAAAGAACAAAAGUAAACACAGUCCACCCUCCACCCCCCCUGAGAAAGUAGCCCAAUUUUUGUAUGUCCCAUUUCAGAGGGCCUGUUCAUACUGAUUAGCAAAUCCACAAUGGCUUUUCUAACGGGCCAAUCAUGGCGCAUACUCAAAUCCUGGUACAUAAAUGGCGGGAAAGAACAAGGAAUUUGGCUCUAUUUCCCAGACAUGCUUAACCAGAGUUAAAUUCGGUCUGUGACGUAGGCUAGUAACUUGCCGCCAGCAAUGAUUAUUUUUUUUAACAUAAAAUUAGUGUAUAAGAUUCUUCUCUUUUUUGAGGUAUUGCUCAAGUGAAGAAAUGGAAUCAUAUCAGGUUUUGAGUGGGCAGCUGCUUUCAGAAAUAACAUUCUGGCAUUUUUUAGGUGUCCUUUGUUUCCCUUAGAUACAUGCAUUUUUAAUGUUAAUAUCUUAUUUAUUUAUUUAUUUAUUUGUUGUAUGAAGGUGAUUCAACAUGUGGUCAGAGAGCUCUUUAUCAGCUUGGCCUUACUGGAAUUCCAAUUUACAAUGUAAGUUAAUGGUUGCUUAGUAUCAUUUAUGUGACAACUGCAUGUAUGAGUAAAAAAGUGAGAGAUAUGGUAAAGCGACUGAGUGAACCUCAAUGCAGUAUUUUCAGGCACGUUUAAUUUCCUAAGGCAUCUUUCUUUUACACAUAAUUGCCCUAAUUAGCCUACAUUUUUUAUGCUGUAGAAAAGGUCUUUUAUGCCGCAAAUUAAAAUACAGUCGACUCCUGGUAACUCGAACCCUCUAUAACUCGAACCUCCCGCUAACUCGAAGCAAUUUUCAUUUCCCUUCAGAUCGUUUUCUAUAUAAUUUUACCCUUGAUAACUCGAACUCCCGAUAACUCGAACUGUUUUCUAUUUCCCUUGAAGGUUCGAGUUAUCGGGAUUCGACUGUAUUACCAUUACAGCUUAAGCAACCCCACUAAUAUCUUGAUGUUUAACAGCUGGUGUGGUCAUUAAAAAAUAAUAAUAAAUAACAAAACAAAAGCAACAACAAAAGGCAAAAACAAAACUUAAAUAACUACUGAGUGGUUGGUGGGUGAUUUUUGACAUGUUUUUUCGGAAUUGAGCAGUAUCAGCAGAGAGGAUGUUCAAAGAUAUCUGGAGGUAGGGAGUUCUGCAACGGACGUAGUUGUCCUUAGACCUGUAGGCCUGGGCGUGACAAAUUUUUGGUUUGAUCAUUCUACCCCUUGUAAUAAAUUAUGUGUUGUUGGGGUGAGCUAAAUAAGCUUAAGAGCUUAAAGUGUUUGUGAGGUCAUUGUGUACUAGUCAUGCAUGCAAUUUUCAAGGCAGGAUAUAUGGAAAAGAAAGUCAGCCAAGCCUACAACUAGUCAAAAAACUGGCUAUGCCCCUCUACUGAACUAUGGUUCUAGGAUAAAAGGAGAGUCUUUGAUGUCUGCUUCUGUGGGUUGGUGAACACAGAUUGCCUGCCUGGGUUCGGUUGCAACUUAGUUAAGUCUGGAAAAAGUUUGCAUCCAAAAGUCUGUAAAAACCCUUAGUCAUUGCCAUCAUCUUUGAGCUCUUGUAUACAUGUCAGGUCCCUAAUGUUUAUAGUCAUGAGCCACUGGUUACAGACAGACCAGUGCUGAUAAGUCGAUCUGAGUUAGCCACUUCUAGCCAUUCUGGUCAUUGUUAUUUUUAUGCAACCUUUUUGCUGCAGGUAAAUAAUGCGUGUUCUACUGGUUCCAGUGCACUGUAUUUGGGAAAGCAGUUGAUUGAAGGAGGUAAACAGACAAAUUAAGUUUUGUAAACUUUUUUAAGUUCUUUAAUUUUUAAAUGCAGCAUUAUCAGAGUUGUCAGUUCAUUGAUCAGAAUUGCCAUCUAAAGAUCUAGAGCUGAGUUUAAGUUCUGCUUAACAAGGGUUACUUUCUAGAGUUUUUCUUAUCAGUCAGAGGUCAGAGGCUUGUAAUCCCAGUCAAUUUCAAAAUGAGGCCAAGCUUUUAAAACCAUUUUGUUAAAACAGAGAGCUGAACAGAGACGUGGGGUCAAAAACAGAAAUGAACUUAACUGGAAUUUAACUGGAAUGGUUUCAUAAUUAUGUUCAUGUAGCUCAGUCUUUAAGUCAAUCAGUGAAAGCAGUUUUGGUGUUCUUAAUAUACAACCGUAUUACUGUCAAAACCGAUCACAAUAAUCACAGUAAAGUUCAGGAUACGCAAGCAAACCUCAAAACCACAAUAAUAAUUGCUAUUACCGUUGCUCUUUGCGGUUUAGUUUUCUCGUGCCUUAUUGGCUUAUUUAUCACAACAUAAUAACAUUCCAUAAAUAUUUCUGGUGUUUAUGGUUUUGUGAGUUUCACAGUAAGUAAAUCUCAAUUAUAAAUAACAUACAUGCCAAACCUCCCGGAUUAUCUGGGAGUCUCCCGGAUACGACACCAAUCUCGCGGUCUCCUGUACGGGUCGCUUUAUCUCCCGGAUAAAAUCAUCUUUUGAGCUUUUCUGUGCCUUAGUUUGAAAUUUAGCCCAUUUUUAGCUCAAAACUUGAAUUUUUCUUAUUCAUAACUGUAGUACGGUUUCUGAGGCAUUUUACACCUAUUUAGUCGCUGACAAAGAUUAUUUCUGGCAUCAAAACGAUGAUCGCGAAUUUGGAUAGUAUCUACUUCAUGUAAGACUUGAUAUAAUGUCCUACAUUUCUGGGGUAGGGGGCUAGUGAAAAACAGAGAGUCUCCAGAUUUUAAAUCUCUAGAGGUUGGCAUCUCUGAAAUAAUGAUAAUUUUAUUCUCUUUAUCAUACAUGUACAUCUUUUAAAUGUUGUUUUUAUGUACAGGUAUAUCAGAAUGUGUUCUGGCCUUGGGAUUUGAGAAAAUGGAAAGAGGGUCUUUGGGAACAAAGGUUUGUGGCAGUUUAUACCUUUUAAUCAUACAGCAACUGUUUUUGAUGUAUGUGUUGUGUACUAAAGAGGGAAGCAAUCUUAAUGUGCCUCAGAUAGAGGCCAUUUAUAAGUCUUUGACUCAUGAACAGUCAAGUAUUAUGUAGGCAUGUCUUGUGGGUUUAUGAAAUCCUUGGUAUAGUACUUAAUUUAAAUCAAAGCUCUCCAGAAUUACAGUGUUUUUGUAUUUUGUUUUUGACAAAUAGCCGUUUUAUGUCAUGCAUCAUUUAACAUAUGAGACUUUAAAGUCAUCUGGCAAAAAAACGGGACAGUCAUUAAAGUAGACGAAAACGUUGAAAAAAUAGAGUUUUCUGAAAAGAGACAAAACAGUGACUCUUCCCAGUUGUUUCUGGACUGAUUGGGCAUCCAGUUUAAGGAGUCCUGUUUUUCUACUAGAUGCAUUUUCAUGUCUGAGGUGUUUAACCCUGUUAUCCAUAAUGAUUGUGCGCUCCUUGUCAUUAAUUAAUGCAAUUGUAAAUUUUUUUCUCAUAGUACGGUGACCGGACACCACCAAUGGACAAACACUUGGAGGUGAUGAUUAAUAAAGAAGGACUUGCUGCAGCACCUUUAACACCUCAGAUGUUUGGUAAUGCUGGCAAGGAACACAUGAAAAAAUAUGGUGAGAUAAAUUAUAUGCGUAUCAGGGUGAGAUGAAAAAUAAUAAUGAUAAUAAAAAUGAGGAAGCUGUUGUUCAAUUUUACUAUCCUACACAAGUCAUGUAGCCUGUAGUAUUGGCUUGUUGGACCCCCCUUCUUACUAACAUUUUGUUUUGGCAAAUUUUUGCUUGCCCAUUGGACAACUAAUAAGUUAAAAAAUGCUAGCCUGAUGGGUUGUUCCUUUAUCCCUGGGCCAUCAUACAGCACUUUUGUCACAUCCUGUGUAUGAUAUCAUAGUGAAGCUCUAUACGGCAAGGCUGUGCAUGGCAAAGCAACCCCAUGGGGGGUACUGUAGGAUUUUUUGGAUUUGCCACUGCUAUCCUGGUGAACUUAGCUUGUACCAGACACAAUUUUGCUACCCUAUACAAGACUGAACUCCAUAACCCCUCCUUACUUUAGAAUUGCUAUUUUUCAGAAACUACUGAGGCAAUCUUGGUGGUCCUUUCAGCCAAAAUAUUGCUGUUGUGGUUCACUCUCUUCACUCAGGGAAAGACGGAAAGCUGCAAAAAUCUAGAGCAAAAAUUUAUCUUUUAAAUCAGUGCUCUUGAUCCCCAAGAAAUCAAGGCACUUAACACAUGUACCUACAUGUAUACUUUCGCUGUUCUCAAAUCUUUAUCCAUGUUCUAACAGGAACCAAGCCUGAUCAUUUUGCCAAGAUUGCUUACAAGAACCAUCUUCACUCAGUGGACAACCCGUAAGUAUGAACAAACGAAGACUGUUGCUGGCUAGGCUGUUAAACACCUAAUGACAAUGAUCCCAUUGCUUUCAUCUUUUUACUGCUAGGAUGUAGCAAGCCUUUAGAAACUAGGGGGGUGCAAAGGUUUUAGAUACAUUGUAGCUCAUUGUAUAAUUUGAAAAGCAGAGGGUUUUUGGACUGGUCACUGUAUCUUAAAACCAGAAAAAGUUUCACGUAGCUGCAGAGACAUGAUUGUUUCAAUUUUCUGAGAGAUCAAUUGUUCUUUUCAACUUUUAUUCAUGAAUGUUUUGACUUUUGGGGGCAGAAAACUGGGGGGGGCGUGGUCGGGAGAUUUGAUGAAAAAGUUGGAGACUCCCGGUAAAACCGGGAGAGUUGGCAGGCACGUAGUAAACAUAGUCGUUGAUACGAUAAACUAACAAAACAAGUGAAUGCACUAUAUCAGCUAUGAUAUUAUCAUCUCCACAAUGUUGCAGCUUGUCACAGUUUAGAACAAAGUACAGUUUGGAAGACAUAAAGAACUCUAAAAUGGUAUUUGAUCCACUGACCAAACUACAAUGCUGGUAAGUGAAAAGAAUAUUAUUAUAUAAUGAUAAUGAUAGAGAUAACGAUAACGAUAUUGAUAGUGAUAACGAUAACGAUAACGAUAUUGAUAAUGAUAACGAUAACGAUAACGAUAACUAUAUUGAUAAUGAUAACGAUAACGAUAACUAUAUUGAUAAUGAUAACGAUAACGAUAAUGACCGUGUGCCUGGGAGGCUAUCAAUGCUUCUUGUGCCAGCAUUGCGAAGUGACUUUGUAUGCUGAUGACACGGUCCUGUACUACUUUGCUAAAGAGCCACACCUGUUAGAAGAGGCACUGAAUGAUGAUCUCUUGAAAGUUGCCCAGUGGUUACAUGGAAAUAAGUUAACUUUAAAUCUUACUAAGACGAAAUCCAUGAUUAUAGGCAGUAAUAGGAAACUUGUUGGUAUUUCCUCUUUCACGUUAUCUAUUUUUGACACUGAUAUAAAUUCUGUAAGUAGUUUUAAAUAUUUGGGAGUUAUGUUGUCUUCAACUUUCACAUGGUCCGACCAUAUUGAGUAUAUUUCAUGUAAGGUUAAUAAAAACCUUGGUCUUCUACGUAGGAUUAAGUAUUAUUUACCUUAUGAUGCCCGGUUACUUUUUUAUAAUAGCUUAGUGCUACCUAUUUUUGAUUAUGCUGAUUUAGUCUGGGGUGACAAGGACAAUGUCUCACUUAUGAAGGAAUUGCAAAUUCUCCAAAACAAAGCAGCUAAAUUGAUAUUAGAUAGAUCACCUCACUCCUCAUCCACCGAUGCUUUGAUUGUCUUGAGAUGGCUGAAUCUUGAAGAACGUAGGAAAUGUCAUCGAUGUAUAUAUGCAUACAAGUGUAUUAAUGGCCAACUUAAUCAUUCUUUGGACAUUGUAAGAAAGAGUGAUAUACAUUCCUACAAUACGCGCAAUAACGAUACUAUCAAGCUCCCCAAAAUUAAAUAUAAUUGGGGAAAACAACGUUCGCGGUACCACUGUUUCAAAGACUUUAAUGAAUUAGAGAGAACUGUAAGAAACUCAGCAAGUUUUCCAAUUUUUAAGAAGUGUCUUUUUUCUGCUUUUUAUAAUUGAGUACUUGUAGUGUGUAUGCUUUAAUUAUUUCUGUAACUCGAUUUUAGCUUGAAUUUUUUUUUUUUUUUUUUUUUUUUUUUUUUUUUUGUAUCAUAUAUAUCGAUUUUAGCUUAACUUUUUUAUAUUUUAAUUGUAUUAUAUAAUAUACAUCUCGUAAUUAGGACCUCUAUGUAAACCACUCUUGUGAUGGAGCAUCCUAUUAAAAGAUUGUUAUUAUUAUUAGCAAAUACGUUGACUCUUUUAUAAAACAGGCUUUUUAAAGUGAGAAUUUUUUGUAAAUAGUUAUUUGUAUUUAUUCAUUUAUGACCGCAUCAUAUCAGUCCAACAUCAGAUGGCAGUGCAGCGGCUGUGUUGGCCAGUGCUGAGUUUGUUAAGAAGCACAACUUGCAGGACAAAGCUGUUGAAAUUCUUGGAAUGGAGAUGGCGACUGACCUCAGUAGCACCUUCAACGAAAACAGCUGUAUAAAGCUGGUGAGUGGUUUAACAGUAAAAAGCCGUGAGAAAGAACCUGCAUUUUCCCAAGUUAGCCUACAUAGGCGGCGGAGUAGGGGGACCGUAGUCUCCCUCCCCACGCCCCCCACGUUUUGGUGCCGAAAAACACUUUUACCGAUGUAUUUGACAAUACCGGUGACAUCACGACUUCAGAGCGCACAUUUUCCGCUCUCAGGCGACUCCUGAACUACCUAAGAAGCACAAUGAAGCAGGACCGCCUGAACAACUGCCUACGGAUGCAUUGUCGCAAAUCUAUUACGGACACACUAGACAUUAUGACCCCAGUACGGCCUUCUCUCCGUCUGAAUAGAAUUAACACUGUGUGCCAUACUAUUGAACUGCUCUACCCCAGGUAGGCAGCUUUAGAUUCUGUUGAUGUGACGGUGGGAAUCCUAAAUUAUUGACUUGAAUUGCAGGUUGGUUAUGACAUGACUAAAACAGCUGCCAAGAAAUUGUUUCAGAAAACUGGUAGGCUUGUUAGACACGUAUUGCUCAUAGAAACAGUCUGACCUCUCGUUACACAAUAAUAUUGUAAGCUUUUGUUCGGAAGCACGUGUUCGUCUGUUAGCGUGCAACAGAAUUAAGAGCCGAACGAAUCGGUGCGGUUGAAUCGUCAAGGUUGAUGAAAUGUGUUGGUCAUUUGUCUCAGCUCCAUCAGAAGAGAUUUUCCCAAAGUUUCUCUUACUACAACCGGACUAGCCUCCCACGCAGGCGUUUUUAGGGGAGCUCGUAUUUCUUCCCUCCUGUGGGGAGGGAAGAAAUACGAGCUCCCCUAAAAACGCCUGCGUGGGAGGCUACAACCGGACAUGCCACUAGCGAAAAAAAGCAGACUUAACUUCACAAUGGAACCUCGAAGAAUGGUAAAAUGUAGCAGGGACUUACCAAAGCCUUUUGAAUCACAAACCAGUUUAUCUGAGAAAGCUCUGAUUAUAUACGUUGUACUUUAUUUACCAAGGCAUUACACCCAAUGAUGUCCAAGUAGUAGAGCUGCAUGACUGUUUCUCUGUCAACGAGCUGCUUACGUAUGAAGGACUUGGAUUGUGUGCUGAAGGUAAGUCUGUAUUUGUUGUCGUAAAAAUCUCUGUUUCACAUCGAUAAUUAGAGUGGCAUUUAUUGAUUUAAUAUUUUCUCCUUUUCUUUUCUUUUUUUUUUUGUGGAGAAAGGAGAAUUUAACGUUGGGCCAAGGGACUGGCAAUGUUUGUUUGCUAUUACGAGGUUUCGUUAUAUCAAGGUUCUUUUCCAUAUACCAUUGCUGGGUAAAGAAAAUUGCUCGUUGUAACGCGGGUUUCGAUAUAUGGAGGUUCGUUAUAUCGAGGUUCAACUGUACCUAGUAUUGAAACGUCAUGCAGUAGGACUGCCACCGCCCCAGGCUUCGCUCGUGAGAGUGGAAGACUGGAACGAGGUCUCAGUGCUUGUUUGUCUUGAAGAGCUUAAUCUGGCGGGCAUCAGCUUUAGGUUGCUAAACUAAAAGGGAGCAUCUGCCUAAUUGGUCAAGCAUUUAUUUAAAGACAUGGGAUGGUUAUUAUUUCUGGAAUUCGUUUUAGUGCCCAUGGCCUCUAUCCAGUUAAUGAGCUAUUCUUCUUAAUACUAGGUUUACGGAGCUUAAGCAACGACGACGCGACUAGAACGGCUAAAAAGCAAUAGGUUGAGAUUAGCUAAACAACUUUGCACGUGCAUCACGCGUUUUAGUACAUUUCUUUGCCUUCGUUACACGACUACGACGUGAAACGGCCUAACUUCACGUUUUGUGUGGGACGUGAACACAAGACGACGGUUUUCUUUUCCUUUUCCUGAACUUUGAUACAGUCCUUAAGAAUUAAUCUCCAGAAAAAUUCGCCAAAAUUUGUCGAAUUGAACAAAGUGGAGUAAACACGUUUGAAGCAGCAUGAAUUCACUUAAUAAGCUUUUUUUGUAGCCGUCGCCAUAGUUGUUGCUCUCUUUGAGGUUCCAGAAAGUGGAACAUUAUUUGAGUUUUAAAGGCGCAAACCUUAUUUUUGUUGUUGUUGUACGUAUGUAAUAUUUCAGGACAAGGAGGACAAUUAGUGGAGAGAGGAGACACCACUUACGGUGGAAAAUGGGUUGUAAAUCCCAGUGGAGGACUCAUUUCCAAAGGACACCCUCUAGGGGCCACAGGUAAAGGAAGAAAAAAGCCAAUCAAUGCCUUGAAAUCGGUUUUCACCUUGAAACAUAAGCAGGGUUCGCAAAUACGCCAAAUUUGGCGUAUUUUACGCCAAAAUUGUUCAGAUGACUCCACAGAGGUUACGGAGGGAGUCACUUCGACUUCAGAAAUUUUCGGUAACAAACAGGGGGCCACUUCGACUCCAGAAAUUUUCGGUAACACACACAGUUUUGUCCCUACCUUUUUCGCAACAAAUGCAAUCUACGUUAAUUGUAAACGUUGCAAACCUUAAUUAAAUCAUCAAAAUUAAAGAAUGAUACUGCACGACAAAACAGGAAGAGGGUAAAUUACGAUACAGUUUACUCGAUGACCGCCAUCAUGGAUUUGAGCUUUCUAGGUCAGUGGACCCCCACAGCUACACCGUGUAUCCAUCACGAUAGUUAUUCAUGCCAGGACCACGUGCUGUAAAGUCUGAAAAUGGCUUUUUCCGUUGUGAUACUUGACUCCAAAUUUUCCAAAAUGACUCCAAAAUUUGUGAAGCGGAAGUCACAGUGACUCCACUCAUCAAUAAAAUUUGCAAUCCCUGAUAAGGUAAUAUUUAAGGAAAAGCAUCACGGCCCCGGUGUAUGUGGGGGUGGGGGAGAGGGGUACUCCCUAUAAUGGUCUUUACGAGGAGGCUCUACCCGAAAGUGUUAAUUAGUGGAUUAAGUAUUUGAAUGGUAGGGAAAUCUGUGUUUUCAGUCUAAUAAAAGGGCCAAAAGGGUUAACAGAUACAUUUUUGUAUUUUAUGGUUCUGGUUUUGUGAUUUGUCCAUACCGUAGGGAAAAGGGGUUGGACCGUGGGGCGAAUCCUUCCGUUAUAAAACCCUGUGGAGUCCCCCCCUCCCCCGUUUGAACAAGGUCCAUUUAUGAGUAGCUCAAAAGCUGUUGGCACAUUGGUAACGUAAUGUUUUAUUUAGGUCUUGCUCAAUGUACAGAGCUUUGCCGCCAGCUUCGUGGUGAAUGUGGAAAGAGGCAGGUUCCCGGAGCAAGAAUAGCAUUACAACAUAACCUUGGGCUCGGAGGAGCUGUUGUUGUGGCCUUGUACCGACUUGGAUUUCCCAAUCAGAGAAGGUAUGGGACAGUUGUUAUUCUUUAUUUCGUGUGAAAAGUAAGUUGCUUUUUGCGUUUGUGUGUUGACGUUAGGCUUAAAAAAUUCCUUCAUCAUCAUCAUCAUCAUCAUCGGUUGACUGAAGAGCAGUCGACUGUAAGGCAUCUUCAACCGGCAGGGUCUUGGGCAUUGCCCACAAUGUGGUCCUCUGAGAAAUGUUCAUUCGGGUCGAUCCAUUCCCCGACUUGACUGGAAAAGGAAUUCUGUUGUCUUCCUGGGAGUCUUUUCCCAUAGGAGGGCUCAUAUAACGCGAAGAUGUUGGCAGGUUCAUCGUUGUCCACGCAUAAAAUGUGGUCAUGGAACUUAAGCUUCCUUAUUGAAGUGAAUCACCAUCAGUGUCAUGGUGAUUGUUUUCCUGAUAAAUAACUUUUACAGGAUAGAUGAUUCUUUUGUGGAUUUAAAGAAAAAUCCGCAAAAAACUGAAUCACCAUGACGUCGAUGGUGGUGCACUUUUUUUUUAAACUUUGUAGGAAUGGAGGCGAACGGCCUCUGUUGCAACCUCGUUCGUUUCCAGGGUCCUGUCCUGCUCGUCCCCCGGAGUGGAACGCUCCCUCGCUCUAGAGGACGAGUAGGAGAGGAGCCUGGGAAUGAGGCUGCCUCUUUCCGGUGACUCUUGGUUCAGUUCUCAUAUCAGAACAACUUUCCAGGCAGGAACGGCGGCCAUGUUGCAGCUUGUUCGGCGUCACAGGGGAACCAGGCUUAACUUAUUAUGAACUUGAAUUGUAGGUUUCGUCCUGUACCUUCGUACACUUCUGCUGUAACAAAAGACGAUUUUAAGGCGGCAGCCAUUUUUGAGGAGAUGGAGAAGACAUUAAAAAGGGUAAGAUGAAAGUGAAGACGCACGUACGAGCUGGUUGUUGUUGUCUUUCUUUUUCUGAGACAAGCAGGCUAUAACAUUUAGUAUAACAUCCACCUUUUUGUUAUUGCUACAAUGUAUGUAAAUAACGCUUUUUUUCUAGAAAACUACGCUAAAACCUGAUCUUUUGACUCUUAGAUAUCAGUUUCAAUAUGAUAAUAGUUUGUGUAGCUUUUUUGCCAAUAUUUCAAGUGGACUUAAGCUGAUUGGAACUUGACAUACCUGUUUGUCGUCUGUGUCAGACGCUUAACCUCAGUCGGUAUUGUUUGCGGCUAAAUUUCCAAAGCUGGUUCUGGAGGCUGGUUUACAAGGUGGAAAGGAGAGCCUUUCUUUCACUUGUUCCAUUUUGACCCGAUUUUGGUGAUAAGGGUUAUACCUCAGGCGCGGAUCUAGGAUAAAUACUGAGCGAUUUUCCUAAACGAGCGCCGAGGGAGCAAGCUUCUAGGGGAGCCCGGGGGCAUGUACCCUCGGGAAUUUUUUGGAUAUUAACUCCCUAAAGUUCCCUUUCCGGGGUUUCUGAUUCAUUGAGUGGGGAUUAAAUGCCCGGAAAUUGGAAAAAGAAAACAUUUGUCCAGACCAUUUUCCAGAUUUUUACUUGGAAAGCUCUAUUAUUGUUAAAAAUAUGUUUAUUAUGAAAAAUCUGACCGAUUUUCGUAAAACGGUGGAAACUGAUGUGGAUCCGGUGUUGUGGUUACGCAAGUAACUGCGUCAAAACCAAUUUUAUUUUUUACUCUUUCUUUCUCUUUUUCUCAAUUCUUAUGUUAAACUAGGAGGGUGCUAAGCUAGUGAAGAAGAUCAAGGGGAUUUUCAAAUUUGUCAUUAAGAAUUCAAACGGACAAGAGGCGUGGUGGAUUGUGGAUGCUAAGAAUGGAGACGGCUCUUUAAAAUUUAUGGCGUCAGGUAAACGAUUUGUAGCGAGGGACUUUUAAAAGUAAUUAUUGUUAUUAUUAUUAUUAGAAUAAUUUGAAAUUUUUGGGGAAAUGUGCUCCUAGUUGGAUUUAGCCCCUUUCUGCUUUGCUAAAAACGUUCAUUUUGAUUAACGGGACUCCAGGCCGGAUUGCAGUGGCGUUGCCACGGAGUUUCGCUCAUUUCGCUUUGCUUUUAAAAUACAUACCAGUAUAUGGGAGGUACCUUCUUCCCUGCUCGAAGUGCUUUGUCCAUAAGGCCACGUUGCCCACGUUAUUGAAGGAGUAAAGAAUUACUAAUUUUAGUUGGUAUAUUUCUCAGUACCGAAAUCAUCAUUCUUUUUCAUGACUUAUAAUGAAGUCGAAUAAAGAAAUACAUAAAGGAUAGGCACGGGCUAGUUUUACGUAAUAGAGUUGAAACCGGGCUAUUUUAUUGCGGAUAUCCCAGAGAGAAUAGUGAUUCCUAUCGUUUUCCUUUUCAGCAGCUCACAUUCUAUUUUACUAAGAUUAGAAGUUAGUUUUUUCGAGGUGAAUGUCAUCUACAUAUUUUAAAAAUUUACUUUGCAGACAAAGCUGAUUGUAUAGUGACCAUAAGCGAUGAAGAUUUUGUGCAGUUGAUGAGCGGAAAAUUGAAUCCACAAACAGUACGUAUCAUUUAUAGAAUAUAUCUAGCCAUUAUCUCUUGAUCCAGAUAACCUAUCGUGAGCAAUGAUUUUUUCUAAUACCCCCCUACACACCCGCCUACAGAGGCUUAAAGAUCGAUUAGGAUAGAGCAGCAGUGUUAACAACGAAAAGAGUUAAAUCAGUUCCCUUGGAGUGCAAUUCAGAAGAUGCAAUUCCAGGGGGAAAUAUCACUAGCAAGUGUCUUUUUUAAGUUUGUAGACUGAACAUAGUUCCUGUAAAAUUGUUUCCUUCAUCCUUACCUUUCAGUUGGAAGGGGACGUAAUAGAACCCGUCACAUUGUUUAAAAAAGUAGGGAGCUUUACAAACGACAGCGGCGACAGGAACGAGAACGUCAAAAAAGCAAUAGGUUUAGAUAAGCAAAACAACAACUCUGCACGUGCAUCACGCUUUUUUUGUACAUUUCUUUGCCUUCACUGCACGACCACGACGUGAAAAUGCCUAAUUUGACGUGUUAAGGAGGACGUAGACAAGCGACGACGAAUUUUUCUUUCUCUUUCUAAACUUGAGUGUUAAAAGUCCCCAAGAAACUGAUUUCCGGGAAAUACGCCUGCACUUUGAAUGAACGCGACAAAGUUUGAAAAAACGCGAAUUCAUUUUAAAAGUGACGUUUUUCCUACCGUCGCCGUCGUGGAUGCUAAAGCUCCCUGGGAUUGAGUCCCUGGAGUCAAGGUCUUUCUGACUUGUGCCAUCAUUUGUCGGGGUGGGUGAGAUGAUAUCAUACAUGGACUGAAGCGGCAGCAUAGUACAUGCUGACGUCCGAUCUCACCUCUCUGGUUCCUCCGCAAUUUAGCCACGGGCUGCGAUUUGACCGCACCCCGGUUAGCUCAAUUGGAUAAACACCGGUCCGAACCCCGGCCAGGCCAACACUCAGGGCCUUUAAAUAAGUGAGAAGAAAGUGCUACCUUUGUUAAGACAUCUGCAAACGGUAGGCCCCUCUCACAACCCUUGCACAUUUAAAUUCUGUGGGACGUUGAAAGAACCCACGCACUGUCCGGAAAGAGUAGGGGACAUAGUUCCCAGCGUUGUGGCGUCUCUCUUACCGGGGGGGCGGGGACUGUUAUGGGUCCCACUAAAUGGCUCCACGCGCUGUUGCGGUAACCCUGCCAAGAAUUGGCGAACUAAAGUAAAUAACUAAGCUGACACCGUCUACUCUUCUUUUUCAUUCUACCCUUUCAAGUUGAAGAUGUAAAACUGAGCUGUUUGUCUGUCACUCUGAAUCUUGUCCUCUUCCGAAAUUCUGCCGUUCGAUAAUUCAAUAUGUAAUAAGCAUACAACGUGACGACCCAUUUAUUUUUCUGUUCAGUCUACAGCUAACAAUCGAUGAUGAAGCUCUUAUUUAUUGGUAGCUUGCGAACACAGCCGUUUCUUUUCGCUCCUUGCCGCUUGGGACGUUUCGCGGAAGAGACGUCUGCAAUUCGGCCCCCAAAAUUCCUGCCCUGCACGGUGCCAGAGAAUUCCGCUUUCAAACUAUUUUUGGCAGAUCCAUGGGGUUUGCAUUUGAUCGUUGUGACUUCUUGUCUUUUAUCUGUCAUUCUUAAGCAACAAAUAAAAUUACUACGUCGACCAAUCAGAGCUCGUUAAUCAGAUUCCGGGCGUUAUUGAACUUUUGAGGCCGAAUCGUGAAACGUCUCCCGCGAAACGUCUCCAGCGGCGAGGACCGAGGCGAGCGGGCUGUAUUAGCAGGCUAAUUUAUUACCAGACAUAGUUAAUCGAUAAACCAAUAAUCGAUAUAAAUCAAUAGUAAUAGAUAUCAAUCAUCGAUGAAUAUCGAUUUCCGAUAUCGAUCGAUAGAAAUCGAUAAAGAAAAACAGUUGUGAUUUCGAUUAAUGUGGAUGAUUUUCCGAUAGAAAUCGAUAAGAUUUUUUAUCGAUUACUAUCGAUUCCUAUCUCUUGUUAUCGAUUUUGUUAAUCGAUAAUUGAUAAAUUAUUUUUUUUCUGUGAAUUCGAUUUCUAUCGAUUUCCGAUAUCAAUCGAUAUUAUCGGCGGAUUAAUUCGAUUAAUAUCGAUGAUUUAGAUUGAUUUCCGAGAUCGAUUUUUAUUGAUUAACUACGUCUGGUUUAUUAGAAACGCUUGAAUUUGGAGUAUUACUAUUAUAACAAACGGCUCCCUUUUUCCUAUCAGGCAUUUUUCAAAGGCAAGCUUAAGAUCAAAGGGAACAUGGGUCUGGCAAUGAAACUGAGAGAAAUUCAACCUAAGGCUGGAAAGUCCAAGCUGUAG